AUGGUCGCGACAAGGCUGUUCGAAGCCACGGGGCCGCCAGCUCGGCAGAGGGUCCAGGGCACAUGCCUGGGCCUGGGGGACCGGCCGACCCCUGGGGAUCUGCGAACGAAACCUGCCCCAGCUGGCUCAGCGCCCCAACCCGGGACCCCUCAGAGGCUCGUUCCGGGCCGCCCAGGCCAGACCAGCCUCCUGAGGCCAGCAACCCAUGAAGCGCUGCCGGCACGUCCGCCGUCAGCCCCGAGGCCUGAGCAGGUGCUGACUAAGGGGCUGGCGGGGGAAGCGGCCCCCACGGGCCGAGGCGCGCUGCGGGGCCGAACGAGGGCGCGCUGCGGGGCCUCUCCCCUUGCGGCGGGGCUGCCCGCCCUCCUGCCCGGCACCGGCCCGGGGCCUCGCGCCGCGGAGGCCCGAGGCCCGAGCCCCCGCCUCUGGCUGCCAGCCCGCGCUCCGCAUUCACCGCGCUCGGCCCGGGCCCGCCUCUCGGCCGUUUUCGCUUUCGCUUUCCUGCCUCCCUCGUUGAGGAAAAUGAAAGUGACCGUGGCCGUGGCCCGGGCCCGCGCAGCAGCCGUCGAAGAGAGGGGCGAGGAGAGCGGCGGCGGUCGGCGUGGAGCCUGCGAGCUGGGGCCGCCGCCCGCACCAGAGGAGGUGGCAGCACGCCCUGGACUUCUCUACCCGGCAAAGCAGUCCCCAGGCUGGACCGCAGAGAAACAAGAAAAUGGACUCCCGGCUGCAGUCGGCAACGAGCUUUGCAUCCCCUUCAUAAUCAGAAUGUGUGGUUUGGGGACCGUAUGGGUUCAGUUGGCACGGAUCCGAGCUGAACCCCUGAGAGUGGAACCGAGUAGUGUGAUGCCCACCUCGAAGGAGGGCGACCCAGCGACAGCAGACCUUGUGGGUGUGUCGAGGGGGGGAAAGAGAGCCGCGUUGACCCCGGUGCCAGAAUUCACAGCCUGUUGGAGGGAGACAGCAUCAAGGCCGGGCCGCAUGCAGCCUGUGGGCAAAGCAGAGCAGAGCGGAUGAGUGUGCCUUCCCUUCCGUUCCCAACACAAGAUGUGUGAUCACCCACUCCAUCCAGAGGCACAUGUGGUUCAUCGCUAUUGUUUAUUAAUAAAAACCAGCGUCUCCGUC